AUGGAUGUUCGUCAUGAGACAAUGACUCUUAAUAUCUCGCAAUGGCCAAAGGAUCAAGUUCGUAUUGUUUUUGAUGGAGACGGCGUACUCUUUUCGGAUGAAGCAGAACGUGUUUAUAAAAAUCAUGGAUUGGAGGCCUUUCGACAGUCUGAGCAUGAAAAACAGCAUAUUGCAUUGCCAGAAGGUCCAAUGCAUGCAUUUGCUCUCAAAUUACAAAAGUUACGUGAAGCAUUAGGUGAAGAUAACAAAUGGAGAGUGCGUACUUUUCUUGUCACUGCUCGCAAUGGUGUAGCUAAUGAACGAGCAUUCAGAACGUUAGAGCAAUGGGGUCUCGACAUCGAUGAAACGCAUUUCUUAGGUGGACUAAAUAAGACACCUUUUCUGGUCGCCAUGGAUCCAGUAAUCUAUUUCGACGAUACAAGUGACCAUAUCAAUCGAGCUAAACAGUAUGUUCCAGCUGCGCACAUUAUCUAUGGCAUUCGAAAUGUGAUAUCUGAUAACAACACUACUGCAUUCGAAACAACAUUGUCUAUUUCAAACGAAGAACCAAAAAAUACAGAUACCUUGAAGCAAACAUUGAUAUAUGAGGAUGAUUUAUCAAAAACAACCUAA